UGGCAAUAAAUUAGAUGUAUACAUUAAGUCAUAAGCACAGCUUGUUGUUAUCUGUUUUGACCUUUUAUUGAUUUCUUCAAUUUUGUAUAAAAUGGGUCAAUAGCAUUCAGUUAUUCAAUAUCCAGUUAUGACAGUUAUCUUUAAGUCCAGCAAACAUGUCAUAGGAUAAGCAGCCUGCAUUAUAUAUAUCCUUGUCUUUUCAUUGGUUAAGUGUCCAAAGAAGGAAUUGUGGCGAAACAUUUGCAGAUACGAAGUGCAACUUUACAAUGAAAAUAUGUCAAUUCCUCAACAAAACAUAAGAAUACCUCUCACUUGCGCCAAAAAGUUAAUUAUAUGGAGAUUAGCACUUGGAAACCCUAGACUAUUAACUAUAGCCCAUAUUGUUGCCAAAGUAGUAGCACUUCCGGUAACAUCAGUAAACACACUAUGUGAUAAAUGUGGAAUGUUCUACCAAGAUCAAUUAAAUCAUGCCUUGCUGAAGUGUCAAGCCUACAAGGAACACAGACAAGCAUUCAUCAAUGCUAUUAGAGCAAUAUCUGAUAAUGCAUCCUUACACCUCGACAACAUUAGUGCUAUGUUGCAAGCUGACCUCUGCAAUCUAUGCGUAGAAGUGUCCUUCAAAAUACAUCAAUAAAAUUGUAAGGCUGUGGGACAUCGAUUUAACUCCACUAUAUCCUAAGAUAAGUGUUAAUUUAUUUUAUAUAAAAUGUAAAUGUAAAUAAUGUUCAUGUCAACUUGUAUACUUGUAAAAUGUGCUUAUGUUUAAAAACUCCAAUUACAAAUUGGGAAAUAAA